GGGGGAGGGGUGGGGGGGAAUGAUUUAAAAAAAAAUGUAGUGCUCACCGUUAACGGGCGAUGAGCUUUCCCACUCCGAAGUGAUCCGGAUAAGAAACCGGAGGGUGAAAAAAAAAUUCUCCACAGCCGCGGCCUGGUCAUCGGGGAGCGAGUGAAGCCUGUCGGCGAGAGGACUUGGGUCGCAGUAGGGCCGGAGUGGCGCAGCGAUGGCGUCCACCGACACCAUGGAGCUGGUGGUGGAGGACCUGGGCAUCUCGAUGGAGGAGAUCCGCGAGUGGAUCGACAAGGAGCUGGAGAAGGUGGAGCUGCUGAAGCAGCGCAAAGCCGCGCUCCUGGAGCUGGAGAGCUGGGUGGAGAAGAAAGAGGCUGAAGUGGCUCAUGUGGAUGGCCUGUUCGAGGAUGCCUCCAGGUCGGUGGACAUGUGCGAAUCGAUGGUGAAGGACUUGUUCAGCAACCUGGGGCUGCAGUACGAGGAGGCAGACCAGGAGGAUGCCAGUCAGGAGCAGGUGCCCGGGAAGGGCGGUGCCAAGCUGUCGGAAGUGAUCGAGAUCCUGGACGACGACGACGACGACGACGACGACGUGAUGGCAGUGGAACCGGUGGAAACGGGGCGAGUCGCCACCUCCGCAUCGACCACGUCGACGGUGACAGCGCUGAGCAAAAUCACUCGGGAGCCGUCCCUGCUGCGAGAUGCGAUGGCGGCAAUGCGAAAGUCCGCCCGGGACGUUCAGAAGUUUGUGGAGGCCGUUUCCAGGAAGCCACCGUCCACCGUGACCCCUUCCACUGGACUGCUUCGAGCUGUGACCACACAAGCAGACCCUGAGAAGAGCGGACAGCCCGGCCUUGCCUUCUCCAUGCCCUCUUCCCCGACCAGCACCCUCUCCUCCACCUGCAGCACCCACCCCCGGCCAGCCCGGCAGCCAGCCCCACCGGCCCCCGCCGGCAACCCGCAGCAGGCGAGCAGCACCGUGGUGGAGGACGGGGAGGUGGUGAAGGACGGCGACCUGUUCAAGGGCAUGAGGAUCCUGGGCAAGAAGCGGACAAAAACCUGGCACAAGGGGAUGCUCAUCGCCAUCGUGACCACGGGCAACGCCAACAAAUACAAAGUGAAAUUCGACAACAAAGGCAAGAGCCUGCUGUCGGGGAACCACAUUGCCUACGACUACCACCCGGCGGCUGACCGGCUGAUGGUGGGCAGCAGGGUGGUCGCCAAGUACAAGGACGGCAAUUCGGUUUGGUUGUACGCAGGGAUCGUGGCGGAGACCCCAAACAACAAGAACAAGACACGGUUCCUCAUUUUUUUUGACGAUGGCUACGCCUCCUACGUUAACCUGUCGGAGCUGUACCCCAUCUGCCGACCAUUGACCAAGACCUGGGAGGACAUCGAGGACACCUCCUGCCGGGAUUUUAUUGAAGAAUACAUCACUGCCUACCCCAACCGGCCGAUGGUGCUGCUGAAGAACGGCCAACAGAUCAAGACCGAAUGGGAAGGGACCUGGUGGAAGUCUCGUGUUGAAGAGGUUGAUGGGAGCCUGGUUAAAAUCCUCUUUCUGGUAAGCUGCUUCUGCUGGGUGGCCAACGACCUGGCGACCUGCGACCCUGAGUCCCAUGCAUUCUCGAUGACGAAGAUUUUGAAAUUCCAUGAUGGAAUUUUGCGAUUUUUCCAUGAGAUUGUCCAGCAAUUCAUAUGA